GAUAGAAAAGUGCAGAGGUGGCACAAACCUAGAACCACCAGAAACAAACACACCUUUGCCUCUCUCUCUGUUUUCUUAUUUUAACUUAGAGAGAGAGAGAGAGAGAGAGAGAGGAGCGUUCCAAUUCAGUUUUCAAUUUCAAGGAGCACCCAUAAAAGAAAAGAAAAAAAAGAAUAUUUUCUCUAGAGAGAGAGAGAGAGAGGAAGAGAGAGCACUUCAAAAAUUUCAAGAUCGUUUCAACGUUCAGACAAGAAACCUGACCAGACCGGACCAGACCCAUUCAAGAAUCUCUCAGAUCUUUUCAUUAUUUUGCUGAUUUUAUGGAUUCUUGAUUUUCUUCCAGCAAAUGCUUUAAAAGGUAAAUAAGCAUGAUGGCUGCUGAUAGCAUCAUUACGGUGUCUGGAUAUGGGCCAGAAUUUGAAAAUGGUCUUCAUGAGCCACUCCCUAUCUCUGAGAAGGUAAACGGGACUUCCAACGGUACCUUGGGCGUUGAAGAAUUGAGUGCUGAUCUUGAGAAUGCCGCAAAGCUGAGCGAUCAUUCUGUCGCUUCUGUCAAAGAAAUCACAGAAGAACCUGCUUUGCCACUGGAAAGCCAUUCAACUACUAUACCCCAGGCACUUGGAGUUGAAGAGUCUAGUGAUUCUAAGAAUUUAAAACCACAAAAGCGUACGGGGAAGACAAAGAAUGAGAAACCAUUAAGCCCCGGACAAGCUGCAGUGACGGUGUUGAGCAAGAGCAAAGAUGGGAAAGAGGUAAAGAAAUCUUCUGUCGCUUCAAAUGGUAUUGCUUCAGAUUCACGCCCCGGGAGGACUUUGGCUCUCAGAACAAAAAGUAAAUCAAUCAAUGAGAAGCAAGCUGCUGACAACUCAAAGGUAAUGUCUGUUCAAAGUAAUCAAAGUAUUUCUAAGCAGCUUGGAAAUCCUGAUGCAACAUCGUCUUUGGCUGGUGGAGCACCAUCUGAAGAACUUCCGGAGGAGACAAAACUGAAGGCCCUUAAGAAAGGCCCUGUCAGUAAAGCUGAAGAAACCUCAGAGUCUUCUCUUAGUCCUACUGCUGGAGAUGCCAAGCCCCGAAGAGUGGGUACUCUUCCUACCUAUAGUUUCAACUUUAGAUGUAAUGAAAGGGCUGAGAAGAGAAGAGAGUUUUACUCAAAACUUGAGGAAAAGAUUCAUGCUAAGGAAGUGGAGAAGAGUAAUUUGCAAGCUAAGACUAAGGAAACACAAGAAGCUGAGAUCAAAAUGUUGAGAAAGACUUUAGGGUUCAAAGCAACACCGAUGCCGAGCUUCUAUCAGGAACCUCCACCUCCAAAGGUGGAGCUAAAGAAGAUACCUACUACAAGAGCCAAAUCUCCCAAGCUUGGUAGGAAAAAGGGUACAUCUCCUGCUGACUCUGAAGAAAACGAUGCCCUCAGUGCUCGUCCCGGUAGGUUGAGCUUGGAUGAAAAAGUGUCACAAGAUGACCUUGCCAAAGCACCUCCUGUUGCUCAUGUUAAGGCGCCACGAAGGAAGUCCCUUCCCAAACUGCCCUCGCAGAACACCAGCUUAACCCAUGAAAAGAAAAAAGCUGCCUCCCGUAAGAUCACCACUCCCAAGGAAACAGGAGAAUCUACAAUUCAACCAAGUGACUUGUCCAAGGAAUCGAGUGAAGUUGCAUCUGAUACACAAAAUCAAGAGUCAGGGACCACUGCUGUGCCAACUGAGAGUCGGACAAGCUUAGAUAAUGACCCUGAUCUGGAAGCUGAAGAACAGACCACCUCAGUGCAGGGAUCUGUAGCAGUGUGAGUGUUAAUCAAUAGCACUGGAACAUGUAUAUCUCGAAUGUGGCCUUCUAUACCAUCAUCACCUAGAAUAUGGAAGAUGUUUGAAUAAGUCUUAAUUCAACCAACAAGAAGGGCAUGGAGGACAGUGUAGUAAGGGUUGGCUUGUCAUUUACCCAUAGUCAGCGGCAAAGUUUGGUUGUUUAAUAUGUUUGUAAGUUUUCCGAGUGUGGUGGUGAAUUUGUUGUCCUAAUUUAUGUUUAGGUAUGAUUAUCACCCGAGUCGAAGCGAAAAUUUUGGGAAUUUCUGCCUUGAAAUGGUUCAAGAUCAAAACAAGGCUGUAUUAGAUUUUAGUUUGGUGACUCUACUUUGGCUGGUAUUUGCUUUCUUAAAUGUUCACUUAAACAGAAGGUAUCCAUCCUUAUUAAGUGUGUUGUAUUUGCUUGUUUC